AGUCCAGAGAAAGAAGAAGGAAGGAAGCAACAGGAGGAAAUAUGAUGGUGUUCGGUCAGAGGAUCCUCUGUGAUCAGGAGGGAAGGAAGGAAGGGAGGAAGGAAAAGAGAGGGGGAGGAGGGAGGAAAGGAAGCGAGGGAAGUGGAUGAAGGGGAGGGAGGAGUAAAUCUGUGUUGGAGACUCUGACGCGGAAGAAGAAUCAGACUGAAAAGGAAGAAGAAACUGUGAAUGAAAGCAGUCCCCAUCAGGCGAACAUCACACUUGUUGAUCGGCGUUCAUCUCCAGCUCUGUCGGCGGCUUUUCAGCUUCUUCCCGUCCGGUUUUUACACGUCUUUCUCCCGGGUCUGGACCGCCAGGUUUUUCCACUGCAUGGCUGACUGACUGACUGACUGACUGAUUGCUCUGACUGGAAACAUCUUCAGCCAUCCCUUCAACAGCCGUCAUACCGGCCGCGGACACACUCUCUUUUCAGCUUUUCUGGAUCGAUAAGUCAUCUGUUAUUCAUCCAGCCUCCUGAGCAGGAAGCUCCGGGAAUCUCCUCCGCGCGGCGCCGCUGGGUGGCACCGCUGUCUCCCGGUAAAGAGGCUCUGGUUUGCGUGGGGAGCGAUCGUGAGAAGACGGCGUCGAAAGAGCCCGAAAAGCUCCAACGAUAACCUCCCCGCACCCCAGCUCUGUGUCUGGGUUUACUCAAGUACUACUUCAGGGGUGACAUCGUCAGCUAGGUGGUUUGGCGGGAUCGUCCAAGAGUCACACCGACCUCGGCGCCCUCUCCGCCGGGCAGCACCGCUGGCUCCAGCUGGUGGUAUGACACUCCACAACGACGUCACAUCUACCAUAAACCCGAUCUUGUUUGUAUAACACAACCUCAGCUGGUGGCUUGCUUUGUAUUGGACCUGGGUUUUCAGUUUCCGACUGUAGGGGGAAACUCUGGGAUACUCGCCGAGCACAGCGCACAAUCGCCGGGCAGCGCCGCUGUGUCCGGCCCGGUGGGAUGUCUUUCCAUUGAGGUUGGGAUAUUUGCUAGAAAUUCAGGCUUUUCUGUCUCGGAACUUAGUCUGACUGUAACCCGUGUCGACGCUGCGCUGUCGGGGGUUUGUGAGAGAGCUCCGGUAGGAGGACAUGGCCGACUCGGGCCGGCCCAGCUCGGCGGACCCUGACUCCGCGGACAGCCGGACAGGGAGCCCGCUGACGGUAAAGAAGAGGGCGCAGCAGUCUCCCGGGCUCCGGCCCAAGUACCAGAGCUCCGCGCCGGGACACUGCUUCAAGAAAGUCACCCUGACCAAGCCGACGUUCUGCCACAGCUGCAGCGACUUCAUCUGGGGGCUCAUCGGUUUCCUGUGUGAGGUGUGCAAUUUCAUGUGUCACGAGAAAUGUCUGAAGACGCUGCGGACGGUUUGUUCCUGCAUGACUCCAUCGCUGGUGCAGGUGCCGGUGGCGCACUGCUUCGGUCCGGCCGGUCAGAAGAAACGAUUCUGCAGCGUCUGCAGGAAGCAGACGGAAGGAAGCACGGCUCUGCGCUGCGAAGUGUGCGAGCUUCACGUCCACGCCGACUGCGCUGCCUUCAGCUGUGCCGACUGUCGCAGCUGUCACCUGGACGGGACUCUGCAGCAGGGCACGUUCCACCAUCACUGGAGGGAGGGGAACCUGCUGUCGGCGGCAAGGUGUGAUGUUUGUCGGCGUUCGUGCGGGUCGUCUGACGUCCUGGCGGGGAUGAGGUGCGAGUGGUGCGGCAUCACGACCCACUCGGCCUGUUAUCCCAGCGUACCACCAGAGUGCAUUCUGGGACGUCUGCGCUUCAUGUUUCUGCAUCCAGCCUGCAUUCUCCUGGACUCCAGAAACUUCAGCAAGAUGCAUUGCUACCGCAUCACCGAGAGCUGCAGCCAAGACCUGGAUAACUCUGACGAAGUUGAUCCAUCGGCUGCAGCAACUAAAGAUGUCCAGCCGGCUGCUGCAGAGUCAGGUAAACAGUUCCUCAAGGUGUUCGACGGAGAUGAUGCAGUCAAGCGCGGCUUCUUCCGAUUGGUGUCUAUCAGCAGAGCCACGAGAAACGAGGAAGUGGUGGAGGCGGUGCUGAGGGCCUUCUACCUGCCGUACGAGCCGCACAACUUUGAGCUGCACGAGCUCGGCAGUCUGCAGCGUCUCCACGGUGACGACAUCCUGAACCGGAACGGCGCCGGUCCGGAUAACCGGAGCUCCCUGAAGGAUGGAGGAGACGCCUGGCUCCUGAGGGCCAGACUGAGAGAUGCUGAUGUCAUUAAGGUGUACGCCGGCUGGCCCAGGUCGGGCGCAGCAUUUGUUUCCGUCUCCGUCUCAGAGAAGAGCACCGCCGCAUCCGUCCUCAGCGAGGUCCUCGGUCAGCUGGACCGGCAGGAUGAAGACGUGUCAGGCUUCAGUCUGGUGGAGAUUUUUAUGAGCAGCAAACAAGUGCAAAGACUGACGCUGAGUCCUGAUGAGAAGAUGCUGGAAAAACUGCAGGAGAUCCGGAAGGCGUCUCUGCGGCAGAUGAACCAGACCCGGUUCUACGUGGUGGAAAAGAUGAAACGAGGGGUCCAGGUGAGCCUGCUGAUUGGAGGACUGCCCCCCCUGCUGACCAAAGACGAGUACGUCCAACUCAUCCAGGAGCACCUGGCCAUCAAGAGUCACCUGGUCACCAUCAGCCAAAUCUAUGGCAGUCAAGGUGCGGUGGCGUUGCAGAUCUCUUGUUUCUCUGAAGCAGAGAGGAUCUACAUGUUGGCCAAAGACACUUCCAUCAGUAACAAGAUGCUGACGUCGCUGGUCAUACCGCAGAUCGAGCACAACAAACUGGGAGAUGAUGUCUGUCCCUUGCUGGUGUUCGUCAACCCGAAGAGCGGCGGUCUGAAGGGCAGAGAGCUCCUCUACAGCUUCAGGAAACUCCUGAACCCUCACCAAGUCUUUGACAUUUCUAACGGAGGACCACUGGCUGGCCUCCACACCUUCAGAGAGGUCCCCAGGUUCCGGGUUCUGGUCUGUGGGGGUGACGGGACAGUGGGCUGGGUGCUGGGAGUACUGGAAGCAGUGAGGCACAAACUGGUGUGCCGGGAGCCGCCCAUCGGCAUUGUACCGCUGGGGACAGGAAAUGACUUGGCUCGAGUCCUGCGCUGGGGUGCGGGUUACAGCGGCGAGGACCCCCACCACAUCCUGAUCUCUGUGGACGAGGCUGACGAGGUUCUCAUGGACCGCUGGACAAUCCUGCUGGAUGCGCAGGACAUUUCAGAGGACAGCAAGGACAAUGGCUUCCUGGAGCCGCCCAAGUUUGAUGCAGUUUUGGUGUCUCACAAUGAUCCGUCGUCCUCUCAGAUUGUCCAGAUGAACAACUACUUCGGUCUCGGCAUCGACGCCGAGCUCAGCCUGGACUUCCACCUGGCCAGAGAGGACGAACCUGAUAAAUUCACCAGCAGGUUCCAUAACAAAGGUGUGUAUGUGAAAGUGGGUCUGCAGAAAAUCAGUCACACCAGGAGUCUCCACAAAGAGCUGCAGCUUCAGGUGGACUCUCAGAACGUCCCGCUACCAAACAUCGAGGGGCUGAUCUUCCUCAACAUACCCAGUUGGGGUUCUGGUGCUGAUCUGUGGGGGUCAGAGGUUGACGGCCGCCAUGGGAAACCCAGCAUGGAUGACGGCCUGCUUGAGGUGGUUGGGGUCACCGGAGUGGUUCACAUGGGUCAGGUGCAGAGCGGCCUGCGGUCAGGGAUUCGUAUUGCUCAAGGGAACUACAUCAGGCUGACGGUAAGCAAACCCAUACCUGUGCAGGUGGACGGAGAACCGUGGAUCCAACCACCAGGACACAUCAUCAUCUCUGCUGCUGGACCAAAGGUUCGGAUGCUGAGGAAGUCCAAGCAGAAGCAGAAGAAGUCUUCAGCUAACGUGAGGGACGGACGCUCAGAGAGUCCUUCCUCCAGAGACGGAGGACACUGACCGACUCACCUGGACACCGGUGUCCCGCCUCUAACCUCCUUCCUGCUGCACCCAGGAAGACAUUCUGGUCUCAGCAGGCAUGAAUCCACUCAUCUAGCUUUGUAGCAAUGCUAAUGGGCUGCAGAUCAACCUGAAUACAGAAGGAGGUGAAACCUUUAACAUCUUUCAGCUGGGAGAAGGAUGGAGGAAGGAAGAGAAAGAGUUUGGCGCAGUUUGGAUUUUCUUCCUGCCUCUUUAACAGCGACAGAAUAAUAAGCAUUAACAUUCCGCUCUUAAUUUAACUUUUGUAUUUAAACCAGUAAUCAAGAUCUCAGCAGAUCACAAAUGAGCUGUAGUUAUAAAUACAUUUCCAAGUAUUUAUGACCUCUGAGUUGGAACAAAAUUACUCAGAUAAGUAUUUAACUGAGGUUUGUAAAUUCUCUUCCAGACGUGGCUUUACAUGUGCCGUAAGUAGAGGUAGACUCAGUGUCUGUUCUUACGUUGUAAUUUAAAAUAAUGUGCAGCUAUUAGAUGAUAAUGGCCUCAGUGUUGGUCACUUAGUCUGGAAGGAACGGACUGACGGGCAGUUCUUAGGAAGCUGCGACCAGAUGCUGUUAAUCUAAACUAGAAAGCUCCUGGAAAACUCAACUGUACAGACGUUCAAGGACAGUUUUAUGUUGCAUGGAAGCCUCCUGGAGGCUAAUAAGUGCUCAGCGACCUCUGAACAGCGUGAACGUGGAACUGGAAACCCAAUGCCAGUCAACAUAUUGAUUAGAAUAAACCUUUGAUCAGUCUCAGCUGUGUCAAGCUACUGAAAAUCUUGGAAUACCAAGAGUGUGCACGAUACUGGUUCACAUCAACCAUAAUCAUGUUAUUUUCUUGUUUCAUUAACAAAUUCACAAAUUUUAUGAAUGAAUGUAAAGAAUCGAAAUACUUAAUCCCUAAAAAUGGGAAAACCUAGAAUAUGAAGGAAAUUUAAGUACUUUAGAAAGUGGUAAACUUUCUGUUAGAAUAAUAGUAAUUUUAAGAAUACAUCAAUUUAUUGAGAUUGGUUUGAACCUAAUUGUAAAAUCGAUUAAGAGCUUAAACAUUUCUAAGUUAUUUGGUUUUAAUCAGAAUAGAAUAGAAAUACUUUAUUAAUCCCUUUGGAGAGUCCUCAGGGAAAUUUGGGAUCUCAUGACAUAAAGAUGAGAAUCUUUACCACUUGGGACAAAGAUAUGCUGAAGGAUGCUCUGCCUUUCACAUAAAGAUGAUUUUAACAUUUAUAAAUGGACAUGUUUUGAUGAAGACUUUGGAUAAAGAUGCCCUCUGCAGUUUGUGUCGUGCUGCAGCUUCAGGCUGUGUUUUCCGUUGUGACGAUGUGUGACUGACUUUUCCUUCUUUCUGACUUUUCAGAGAGCCGUUACAACAAGCCAUUAAACAGUUCAGAAUUAUUUUAUGUAUUUUUACUGAAAUUAUCGCAGUUGUGCCGGUUAGCCAGAAUGGCAAAACUUAAUCAUUACAAUCUGAAAUCAUUUUGUGCCUCUGAAAUCUAAAAAAGCUUGCUGCUGAGCUAGCCAACAAGAUCCUAGCUUCUGGUUUUACAGAAAAUAUUUAAAUUAGUAUAAAUAAACCCAGUUAGCAGUAAUUUGAGAACUAUAAAGCAACCACUUUGUGUUUAAUAUGUUACUACGCCUUCUGAAAUUACAUGUUGCACACAAACCUAGCUAGCUUCUUAGUUUAGAAACUAGCAAGAAGAAAAAAUAUCUACAUUACAUGUUAAAUAAACUAACAAUGUCACAUUUUAAAGCAAACUGCAAAGCAUAAUUGCAAAAACAAGGCUCAAAUUGUAGAGACUUGAGGGUUUAAGUUUUUAGUUAAUACAUCAAAUAGGCUGCUAACAGCACAUUCAAACUGGGAUGUUCAUUGUGUCGGAUAUCAUGGGGUUUUUGAAAAGUCUCGCAUAACUUCUCGCAAACUCAAGAACUGAAGGUUGACACAAAUGGACUAUCUUACAACAACCAAACUAAGACUAAAAGUAGCCCGAAAACUAGCUAAUUAUUAGCUUGUGAAGCUAAAGGCCGUUGCUAGCUAGCUAACAUAUAGCUAGCACAUCUGACUUUUUUUUUUUUUUUUUUAAAUCAUUGUUAAUUGGAAACAAAAUAAUUCUGGCAUUUUAAAAAUUUGAAUUUGCAUUUAUUGGUUAACAGCAGCAUGAAAUGAUCCGUUAAGCCUUUUCUCCAUUCAUAGCUCUUUUCACACAAAUCAGCGCAGCCAGGAUUAACAUAGAACGGACCCAGCAGAGUCCAGACUGAAGGAAAAGACCCAAAGAUGAGCUCCAGGCUUGGCUGGAACUCAUGCUCUUUGAAUGGAAAGAUUUCAUGAAAGAGGCAUGUUUUCAGAGUUGCCAAAUGUAAAGAGGUGCCGUUGUUAAAGGAAAGUUGUGACACAAAUGAGGUAUUAUGCUGAAUUUUCCAGCUUGAUGUAGCCUCAGCAGUACUUGACUGUUUUUCAGCUGUAAUAUUUACACCUUAAAAAAUCUUACAUCUGCAUUAACUGAUUGAUUUUUGAAUUUUGGUGCUAGAAAUGCUGUUGCGUAAGGUGUCUGUGCUUGAAUUAAGAUUCAGAUCAUGUUUUUAUCCAAAGCUUCAAACUGAAGUUCAUUAAAUGUUUCAUUGACGGGCUCAUGAAAUAACUUAAAUUCUGAUUAGUUCAUUUUAAAAUGACUUCUUUCAACUCUUUCCUACAGCAGCUGGUUUUAACCCACUUGAUUUUACAUUCCUAAAUUUUAGAUAUUUGUAGUUAUAAAAUGCUAAACUGUCUGAAAUCUGCAUUGUUUAUUAUUAUUAUUAUUUCAUCUCACACAAACUAACUGUGGGUUUUGGUUCACCAGUGCUGUCAAUUUUCCUGUCACGUGACCUUUCAACAUUAAAAAGUACAUUGAAUAUGGCAGUAAUGAGCUGUCAUGGUGGACAUUUAGAGAAAACGGUAUUUUAAAGGAGGCACUCCAAUCCAGUCUCCUGACUGAUCUCCUGCGUUUGAUCUCAUGGAUAAGACUGAGAGUAUACAUCCUUAUAAAUACCUGUAUGUAUGUUUAUCAUGGCUGGCUCAUAUUGUUUGCUUGCUUGAAGUGUUUGUGGAAGUCCUCAGAAAUUACCGCUACACGUUCAUAUGCUGCAAUAUAACAGUAACCAGUAGGGGACAGUGUUGGGACCAGUUUGACUGGAUAUAAUGUGACAGGGUUGACAAAAAAAACUUUCUAAGACCAGUUUGUUAACCCUGUCUGAAAUUGCCAGCGAUAAAGACAAAAUUUAACAUAAAUUUAAACUUCACUUGAAAACAAACUUUGUGAGCUCAUCAUAACAGAAUAAAUUACUCAUAAUAUUGAGAAAACAAACUUCGUAACCAGUUAUGGUACGUCGUUCUCAAGAAAAAGCCAAUUUCUUGAGAUAAAGACAAAAUUUAAUAUAAAUUUAAACAUUACGUGAAAAUGAGAUAACGGUAAAAGUGACUUGUCCUUUAGAGAUAAAAGCAUCCACAAUAAAUAACUGCUGUUAAGACUCCUAUAUUCCUAUACGUUCAGAAAAGUUAUUUUAUAUUCAAACUUGAUUUUUGGAAAAGUGACAGCACCUCCACCAGUAGGGGGCGCUGCAGAGAGGACAAAAUGAACGUCUCUCACUCUGGUCACCAACGAUGAGGUUUGAGGCUUUGAUAUAACAGAUCUGAGAUCUGCAGCAUUAAUUGUUCAUUUUGAUGUACUGUGGAGCACAAAGCUUCGUCUGUUUGAACACAGUCAUGUUUUUUUGUUGUUUUUGUACAGUUCCGUGCUGAUGGUGGGAAAUUACACGUAAGAAGUUUAGCUGUUGGUGUCGUACUGUAAACCAGCUUUCCUGCAGAGUGUUUUCCCAGUACGUUGCUAGGACUCUGCUGUUUUAAACGGUUUAAAUAACUAAAACCAUCUGCUUUAUAUUCCCUGUCGGUGAUUUAUUUGAAAAUCCAUCAGUAACCUAUAAAUGUUUGACAUGUGAUGGGAAACACAUCAAACAUGAUGGUAAACAUGGAAAUAUCUGUUUUAUAAUAAUAUGUUGUGAGAUGACAAUAUAAAAUUAAAAGAAAACCUUUUUUUU